AUGAAUCUAGUACUGCAUCUAACAAACCAGUUCGUGACAGCAAAGUUUGGAUACACUCAACGGGGACACGUGAUGCUAAUGUACAACGGGUACGGAUUUAUCAAAGACCGCCAAACGGCGAAGACCUGCAACUGGAAGUGUUCGCUGUUCCGAAGGAUGAAAUGUCGUGGGCGAGCCAUUACCAAAAUCGCCGACGAUCCCCCGAGCUUUAGGGCAGCUCAGUUCGGUUACACUCAACGUGGAAAGAUGAUGCUCCUGUACGAUGGUUUCGCCUACAUCAAAGAUCGUGAUGCCCGGAACAGCUGCAACUGGAAGUGUUCGCUGGCCGGAAAGCGAAAAUGUCGCGCCAGAGCCGUUACCAAGAUGGCCAUUGGACGCCAAAUGAUGAAAAUUACCAACCCCAAUCACAACCACGACCGAAAAGCGUAUCGAUUCGAUACGAACUAUUCGCUAAUGCAUACUUUGGAAAAACUCGACGCGGCCACCAAAUGCUUCUGCAUGAAAAUUACAGCUACGUGCGGGAAAAGCAGAAGCAAAGUACAACCAACUGGAAGUGCUCCUGAUGACAUGCAUGGCUUCUCGCAACGGGCUCACUAUGAGUUCACGUCCAGAGGAACGCAAUGUCUAGUAUACGAUGGCUAUUUCUACAGCAAAAACAAAACAAAUGAGGGUGGCGUCCGGGUCAACUGGAAGUGCCGUUACUACCAACGGUUCAAGUGCAAAGCACGAGCACUCACUAAAACAAUCAACGGCUGUGACUAUGUGAAGGUCUCCAGUACGGAGCACACCCACAUGCAAGAGAUGUACUGUAAAGACCUGCGACGGAAGCGGCGAGGGGCCGACAAAACAGCGGAUCUGGAAAUGGCACAGUUUGGAUCAACCCAGCGGGGGCGACCCCUUCUAGUACAUCAAGACUACACGUACAUCCGCAAUGGAGAGUUUGGCGGCACAAUAAAUUGGCGCUGUUCGGCCUACCGACGACUGAAAUGCAAAGCCAAAGCCAUAACGGUCAAGCACAAUGGCGUGGAGUUCGUAAAACUAUCCUAUGCCUUACACAGCCAUGGCCCCAAGACUGGAAGCGAUCAGCAGUGGAAGCAUGAGUCGGAAACGGUUGAUUUCCUGCGCUGUGAAGAGGAUGAAGAAGCCAUGAUAAAUACUACACCUGAGUGUAACAUUAUUUAUGUGCUGUCGAAACGAGGCACUAAGCAUCUGUUCUUCGAUGGCAACACGUACACACCGAAUGAGAGACCUUAUCCCGGGCAGCGUUCUAGGACGUGGAAGUGUACGUUGUACUACCGAUUGAAAUGCCGAGCCCGUAUCGUUACCAGUGAAGCCAACGGGCUACCCAAGUUGCGUGUGGUAGUAGCCGAACAUACCCACGAAAAGCUGUUUCCCCAUUUGAGCGAGAAAUUUCGAAGCCUGUUCUAG